UGGCAUGAAACCAAUUUAACCAUCACAAUUUCCAUCUCUCGCUUCUUUUUCACUAUUGAUAUUCAAGAAAAUUAAACCAAACGGCUCUUGAAACUCAAUGAGUAUCAUUCAUAUUUCUCUUUGUUUUCUCCUCUUGUUCGUUUUUAGUUUUCAUGACGUGUUUGCUGCUCCUACUAGACACUUGUGUCGUCCGGAGCAGAGGGAUGCACUUCUCGAGUUCAAGAAUGAGUUUGAGAUUCGGAGGGAUGCACAUUCCAAAUGUUAUAUGAAUAAUGGUAGCGAUGUGAGCCCUUACCCGAAGACGGAGUCAUGGGCAAAUAACACUGAUUGUUGUUAUUGGGAUGGGAUCAAGUGCGAUGCCAAAUCUGGGGAAGUGAUCGAGCUAGACCUCAGUUGCAGCUCUCUCUACGGCAAGUUUCGUUCCAGUUCCAGUCUGUUUAGGCUUCAAAAUUUUCGUUUUCUCACCACUUUAGACCUUUCAUAUAAUGAUUUAUAUGGUCAAAUUCCGUCAUCAAUUGGAAAUCUUCCACAACUCACUUCUCUUGAUCUUUCUAAUAAUCUACUUUCGGGUCAGAUUCCAUCUUUGAUUGGAAAUCUUUUACAUCUCACCUCUCUCAAUCUUUCUUAUAAUCAGUUUUUGGGUCAGAUUCCGUCUUCCAUUGGAAACCUUUCACAUCUCACUUCUCUCCAUCUUUCUGAUAACCAGUUGGGUCAAAUUCCAUCUUCAAUUAAAAAGCUAUCUCAUCUCGAAAUUCUUGACCUCAGUAGUAAUAAACUCACUGGUGAAGUCCCAAAUUCUUUUGCCGGUUUGAAAAAUUUGACCACCUUACGUGUUGGUUCGAAUAACCUUAGUGGUAACUUUCCUAUUGCAGUACUACUAAAUUUGACAAAUUUGUCUUCUUUAUCAAUCGAAUCCAAUAAGUUUAUAGGAAUGCUUCCUCCAAACAUUAGCUCACUCUCUAGCUUGGCACAUUUUUACGCAAGUGACAACGAUUUCGUUGGAACCAUUCCUUCUUCUCUUUUCACCAUUCCUUCUUUGAAAUAUAUUGAUUUGUCAAGUAACCAACUCAACGGCACUCUUGAGUUUGGGAAUAUAUCUUCACUAUCUAAGCUAGAAUGGUUAAAACUUGGUCGCAACAACUUGACAGGGCCAAUCCCAAGAUCCAUUUCCAAAUUAGUCAACCUCAGCGCACUUUACCUUUCCCAUUGGAACACCCAAGGCCCAGUUGACUUUAGUAUCUUCUCACAUCUCAAGUCACUCGACACUCUUGACUUAUCCCAUUUGAACACCACCACUACGAUUGACUUGAAUGCCAUCUUAUCAUGUUUCAAGUCGAUUGGAUCAUUGGAUCUCUCAGGCAACCAUGUUUUAGCCGAAAACAAAAGCUCAGUUUCAUAUCCUCCUUCGCAAAAGUUAGGUUAUUUGACCUUGUCAGACUGCGGUAUUACCGAAUUUCCAGAGAUAAUAAGAACCCUACAGUUUAUGAGGAGUCUAGACAUUGCCAACAACAAAAUCAAAGGUCAAGUGCCUGGCUGGUUAUGGACUCUACCACAUCUGAUGUUCGUGCAUCUUUCCAACAACACUUUCACCAGCUUCGAAAGACCAGUGAAACAUGGACUAUCCCCUGUCUUGUCGUACUUGUUUGGCUCCAAAAACAAUUUCACAGGAAAGAUUCCUUCCUUCAUAUGCGCGUUGCGUUCUCUAAGCAUUCUCGAAUUAUCUGACAACAACUUCAAUGGUUCAAUCCCUCUUUGUAUGGGAAAUCUCAAGACUACUCUUUCAGAUCUAGACCUUCGUCAGAAUCAUCUUAGUGGAGACCUUCCCGAAAAUGUAUUUGAACGUCUAAGGUGGUUUGACGUCGCUCAUAACAACCUGGUGGGAAAGCUUCCAAGAUCUUUGAUCAAUUCCUCUACUCUUGAAGUUCUAAGUGUGGAAAGCAACAAAAUCAACGACACGUUUCCGUUCUGGUUGAGUCAUCUAAAAGAGCUGAAAAUUCUUGUCUUACGGUCCAAUGCAUUCCAUGGACCAUUACCUCAAGCCUCGUUCCUUCAGUUGAAAAUCAUCGACAUAUCACAUAAUCACUUCAACGGAGUUUUACCAUCAGAUUAUUUUGUGAACUGGAGUAAAAUGUCAUUACUUAGGAUAAACGAAGAUCAGUCAAAUGUAAAUUACAUGGAAGAUAAGUCAGGCUAUUACGAAGAUUCAAUUGUUUUGAUGAGUAAAGGAAUAGAGAUGAAGCUGGUACGUAUCCUGGAAAUCUUCACAGCAAUCGACUUUUCCGGAAACAGAUUUGAUGGAGAGAUUCCAAGCUCCAUCGGCCUAUUAAAAGAGCUUAAUGUACUCAACUUGUCAAACAAUGCUUUCACUGGCCACAUUCCAUCAUCUAUGGGUAACAUGACUGCUCUCGAGUCACUCGACGUCUCACGAAACAAGCUUUCAGGAGAGAUCCCACAAGAGUUAGGGAAUCUCUCGUACCUUGCGUACAUGAACUUCUCCCAUAACCAGUUUAUCGGUCUUGUACCUGGAGGCACUCAGUUUCGAAGGCAGCCUUGCUCUUCUUUCGAAGACAACUCGGAACUUUUUGGCCCUGCUCUUGACGAAGAUUGCAAAGAUAUUCACAGGUCCUCAUCACAACAGUAUGAAACACCAGAGGAGGCAGAGGAAGAAGAAGAAGAAGUGUUUAGUUGGAUUGCAGCUGCAAUAGGAUUUGGUCCUGGCAUUGUAUUUGGACUGAGGAUUGGAUUCAUACUGGUUUUAUACAAACCAAAGUGGUUCACGAGUCCUUUUGGCCGAAACAAACACAGAAGCAGAAGCACCACAACUCAUUAAGAGAGCCUUCUUAAACCCAAGAUAAAAAAAUAUUUGAAAACGAGAAUGAAGCAACCAGACGAAAGGACUGUGGAGAAAGAAGCUUGGGGAAAACGCAACCCAUUUAUAAGAUAUUUUUCCGGUUUACUUUGGUGUGUUUCUUUUUUUACUCUGUUUUUAGCCAAUGUUUGUGUUUCUCUGUAAUUAAACAAUGAACAACUCUGUUUUCAAAGCUCAAACCUAUUCCCAUGAUUUGAGAGAGAGGUAGUAAUGUUCUUUC